AUGGAAAAGGAGGAGAAGAUCCGUGUGGUGGUGCGUGCUCGGCCCUACGUUUGUAUUACCGGGCGCAAUGGCAGCACGCCAAGAAGCAGCACCAGGAAGAAGCGUGGGAAUGACCAAGAGUGCGUUGCGGCUAGCCCUGAAAACCCCGGCGAGCUCUUUGUAUACACUGAUCCAGCUCAUACACGCGCUGCCGCAUUUCGUUGCGAGACGUUCCUUCCAUCGACAGCGUCCCAAGAGGACGUUUUCGACCAGAUACAUGCGAAAGAACUCGUCGACUCUGCGCUGGACGGCUUCCCUGUGACCAUCUUUGCCUACGGGCAAACGGGUGCUGGUAAAUCCUUCACCAUUUUUGGGAAUGAGGACGAUGCGACUUUGCGCAAAACGGCUCUACAGGAGCAAGAUGGUCUUUUGCCUCGCAUAGCACAAGCGCUGAUGAACUCAGUUUCUGCUCGGAAAAGUGAGAUUGAGUAUACUCUGCGUGUGACUUGCGUUGAAAUCUACAACGAACAAGUGCGUGAUGUAUUCGAUCCACGUAAGGAGACAUUAGCAGUGCGCUCCUCAAAGACCCAUGGCUUCUUUCUGGAGAAUGCUACAGUGGUAGAAUGCAUGACCGCUCGAGAAAUUGUAAGGGUGGUACGAGCUGCCGCCACUCAACGCACUAAGUCUAGCCAUCUACUGAACGAGCGUUCAAACAGAAGUCACUGCCUCGUUACAAUUUACAUCGAUGCAGCACCUUUAAAGUCCACUUCAUCGACUGGCAAGCGUUAUGGUAAAAUUACGAUCGUUGAUUUGGCUGGAAGUGAGCGUGUCUCGGACUCUGGCGCCGUGGGGACACAACUUCGCGAGUCGUGCCAUAUUAAUCGAAGUCUUCACUGCCUCAGCCAAGUGAUUCAAGCGAUAAAUACCCCGAAAUGUAGCAAGACGGGAAAGGCCAGAUUCGUACCAUUUCGAGACUCCAAACUCACAAUGCUGCUACUGGAUAGCUUAGGGGGUAACUGCAAGACCCUCAUGAUUGCUUGUGUGAAUUCGUCUUCACAAUUUGCAGUCGAGUCGGUCCGUACACUCGAAUUUGCAAUGGGCGUCGCCAAAAUCAAGAACCGGCCGACAGCUCUACUCACUCCUCAUGAAAAACUCAUCAAGGAUCUGAAAGAGCAAAUCCGGCUUCUGAAACUUGAAAAUAGGAUGUUGCGCGCUCGAACACCAGGAUGUACGAUUGGUUCGGCUACAUUUUAUGACUAG